CAAUUUUUACAAUCAUUGAAUUUCUCUUUCAUCACUUUUUUUUUUUUUUUUCACUUUAUAAUUUUCCAACAAACCGAUAUACGCGGUCCAAAUGAAGCACAAUAUAAGGGCGUUUUCCUCCUCUUAGGGUUCCAUAAACAUUUGCGACUGACUUUGUCUUCUCACAUGCCCCCCCCGCCCCUCUUCUCUCCUAUUUCUUUAUCUCCACUCAAAUUCUUCAUUCUCUGUUAACCAGUCAUAUAUUAUUUUAAUUAUCCAUUUUCUUGGAUUUUAAGAUUUCUAUUAUAUAUUGGGAAUUUUGGUCUUGUUAAGCAAAGUGUUGUGCCCAUUUUCUUGGUAUCUCUUUGUCAAUUCUUGAUCCUGUAUUUUAGUGUGGGGUGGCUCUAAGAAACAUUUAAAGAUUUCAAUAAUAUUUUGGAAUUCUGGUCUCAUUAGUCAAAGUGUUGUGUCCAUUUUCUUGAAAUCUCUCUGUCAAUUCUUGAUCCUUUUCUUUUAAGUGGGGUGGCUUUAUUUUUCUUGAACUUAAAAUCUUUACAAGAAAUUGUUCUAUUUGUAUUUUGGGUUUUUAUUGUUUGGGGAAAUCUUGAAGUAUUGAUUAUAUUUUUGCUAAUUUUCUUUUUUGACUCCCAAUUCCAUUUUAAGGUUGUCUUUUUCAUCAGUAGUCUUUUGGGGUUUGAUCUGAAUUCUUGGUUUUCAAUUUUUUCAAGAUUUUAUUGAAAAAAUUUGAGUGUUUCAUGUGAAAAAAAGAAAGAAAAAAAAAAAGAGUCUAGAAAUGCCAGUUACAGAUUAUCAAGGGGCAUCAGCAUCAUUUACAAAUUUUGGAAGGUCACUUUUGAGUAUGCGCCGUGAUCAGGUGCAUUCAAUGGAAUCUGCUCAUGAAGCCACUAGCCAAGAGCUAGAACUUGAAGCUUUUCAAAAGCAAGUAGCCGAGCGUUUCAAUGAAUUAUCUUCUGUUGAUUCUGAUCAAUUGCUUUCCGUUCCGUGGAUCCGUAAGCUAUUGGAUGUUUUCCUCUGUUGUCAGGAGCAAUUCAGGUCCAUUUUGUUCAACAACACUGCUAACUUAAACAAACCUCCUAUGGACCGUUACGUUACUGAGUAUUUCGAUAGGAGUGUGAAGGGAUUGGAUGUUUGUAACGCAAUAAGGGAUGGGAUUGAACAAAUCAAGCAGUGGCAGAAGCAGCUGGAGAUUGUUUUGUGUGCAUUGGAGAAUCAGAGGUGCGUUGGUGAGGGACAAUUCCGUCGUGCUAAGAAGGCGUUGAUUGAUUUCGCUAUUGGUAUGCUUGAUGAGAAGGAGUCUAAUACAUCUGUUGCGCAUAGAAACCGGUCAUUUGGAAGAAACAAUACUCAGAAUGAUCACAAGUCUUUGGGGCAUUUUCGGUCGUUGUCAUGGAGUGUUUCGAGGAAUUGGUCUGCUGCUAGGCAGCUCCAAGCUAUUGGUAACAACUUAGUUGCACCAAAAAGUAAUGAAAUUGUUGCUACCAAUGGAUUAGCUUUAGCUGUUUUUACAAUGAGUUAUGUGUUAUACUUUGUCAUGUGGGCACUUGUGGCUGCAAUACCUUGCCAGGACCGUGGCCUGCAGACACAUUUUUAUGUGACCAGGCAAUUCGUUUGGGCCGUGCCAAUCUUAUCCCUGCACGAAAGGAUUUUGGAGGAAUCAAAAAAGAGGGAUCGUAGAAAUGCUUGUGGAUUGUUGAAGGAGAUUCAUGAGAUGGAGAAAUGCGCUCACCACAUGAACGAAUUGAUCGAUACUGUUCACUUCCCAAUCACAGAGGAAAAAGAUGGAGAAGUGAAGCAAAGAGUGCAUGAACUUGGGCUUGUUUAUGAUGGUCUAAAGAAUGGAUUAGACCCUUUAGAGCGCCAAGUUAGAGAGGUUUUCCAUAGGAUUGUUCGAAGCAGGACUGAAGGCCUCGACUCUAUCGGACGAGGAAAUCAUGAGUGACACAACAUGUUGCAUUGUUUGGAAGCCAUCGAUUUAGAACAUAAGGAUAAUAUGAUAUAUAGAUUUUCCCCUUUUGUUCUUUUCUUUUUUGAGCCUUUUUUUAGAUGAGAAAAGAAGGGAGAAUGGUGGUUAAUGGUGCCGCAAUGUGCCAGAAAAAUAAGUAGUUUAAAGAGGUAAAAAUCAUGUAUUUUCACCUUCAUAUAUUAUGUAAAGAACUUGGGGGAAAAAUGUGGAUCUUUGGUCCAUUUUGGUGAUGUUCAUCUUGUUUGGGAUUGUAUAAUCACUUGACUUUGAGUUAAGUUUGCUUUUUCUCUUCAA